CGUUGAUUUAAUUCACCUUCUCCUCGCCUUUUCUAUUCGAUAUUGAUAUAGACUGUGCCCCAAGGAGCAACCAUGUCGUGGUGGAAAAAUGCAACCGUUUACCAAAUCUAUCCUGCGAGUUUCAAAGACUCGAACGGCGAUGGAAUUGGCGACAUUCCUGGUAUCCAUGCGCAGCUGGACUACAUUGAGUCGCUGGGUGUUGAUGCCAUUUGGCUGUGUCCCAUGUAUGACAGUCCGCAGCAUGAUAUGGGAUAUGAUAUCUCCAACUAUGAGGCCGUCUAUCCCCCCUACGGCACCGUGAAGGACGUGGAAGCUCUCAUUGAGGCUUGCCACGAGCGGGGUAUGAAGAUAUUGCUUGAUCUUGUGAUCAAUCAUACCUCGCACGAACAUGCAUGGUUUAAAGAGUCACGCUCAUCCAAAAACAGUCCCAAGCGCGACUGGUAUAUCUGGCGGCCAGCCAAGUAUGACGCGGACGGGACUCGACGGCCUCCCAACAAUUGGCGUAGUUGUUUCGGUGGUAGUGUGUGGGAAUGGGAUGAGGAGACUCAAGAGUACUACUUGCAUUUGUUUGCUCCGCAGCAACCAGAUCUUAAUUGGGAAAAUCCUGCCACUCGUGCCGCCAUCUACGAGUCCGCAAUGGAGUUCUGGUUGCGCAAGGGCAUAGACGGUUUCCGUGUCGACACAGUCAAUAUGUACAGCAAGCCGUCAGACUUUCCAGACGCUCCCGUGACCGACGCGAGCCUGCAAUGGCAGUCAGCCCAUCAUCUAUUUUGCAAUGGCCCACGAAUCCACGAGUACAUUCGUGAGAUGGGCCAAGUGCUACUCAAAUAUAACGCCAUGACUGUCGGAGAGCUUCCACAUUGCCCUGAGGUGGGGGAUGUACUGAGAUACGUCUCAGCGAAGGAGAAGCAGUUGAGCAUGGUUUUUCAAUUUGAGAUUGUUGACCUGGGUGCCGGCCAGCCUCUGCGAUAUGACACGGUGCCGCGCAACUGGAAACUACCGCAGUUGCGACAGCGCACACUUGUCACGCAGCGGUUGAUGGAUGGAACAACCGAUGGCUGGAGCACGGCCUUUCUUGAGAACCACGAUCAGGCGCGGUCAGUCUCACGCUGGGGUGACGAUACAACACCUGAGCUCUGGGCGAGAAGCGCAAAAAUGCUAUCCAUGUUCGUGGCGAGCCUAUCCGGGACUUUGUACCUUUAUCAGGGUCAGGAGAUUGGGAUGGUGAACGCGCCAUCAUCUUGGCCGAUUAACGAGUACAAGGAUGUGGAGAGUAUCAACUUCUAUCGUUUUGUGCGCGAGACAACAAAUGACGACCCAAUCGCGCUGGCUAAGGCUAAGGUUGCUUUGCAACACCUGGCGCGCGAUCAUGCCCGGUUGCCAAUGCAGUGGGAUGGUACGGCCAAUGCCGGAUUCACCACCCCAGAGGCCACGCCAUGGAUGCGCGUACACGAUAACCAUCAGUCUCUGAAUGUGAAGAGGCAGAAUCUCGAUGGACAAUCGGUAUUGGCAUUCUGGAGACAGAUGCUGAGAUUGCGGCGGAACUAUCCAGAUGUGUUUGCCUGCGGAGUUUUCCAGGAUACUGAUCCUCAGGGCGAGUCCGUCUUUCUAUUUGAGAAGGUAGGAGAGGGUAACAGAAAGCUGGUUGUGGCGCUAAACUUCACAUCCAAGACACAGAAAGUUGAUCUGGUCAAUCGGCUAGGAAGGGACUACAAGCUUCUCAUUCAGAAUGGAGAUGGGGAGAGUUUGGAGGAGCUCCAGGCGUACGAGGGUCGGGUGUACUUGUUGACUUUGAGUUCGUGGUGUGCUUUCUCUGUUGAGGAACUCAAAUUAAUGGAGAAAGGAGGGGGAAAGAAGAAAAGGCUGGUCAAUGAUGCGGGCCCCAUACUUACUAUUAGCUCUUCCCCCUCAAUUUAUCUCCGCAACUCUCCAUUGAGCCCACCACUGACACCACUCAUUGACUCACAUCAUAUGCAACGCACUUCUCAAGCCUGUGAGCCGUGCAAGCGGCGUAAAGUGCGUUGCAACGGCCAACCGCGCUGUCAGCAAUGCACCCACACGGGGAUUCCUUGCAUCUACGCUGCUAGCCCGGCCCGACGUUCGCGAAAGAAGACUGUCGGUCGAGGGCGAAUCAUUGCUGAAUGUAGGGAAUUGCAUGCUCCCAAUAACGGCACAAAAGUAAGAAAUGGCCUUGCGCCGCGACUGAAUGAAGAUGGUGUGAUCACUUCCCAUUCAACCCCGACUUUCUUCCUGGAACAACUCGAUAAAUAUGAUCGAUACGUCUACCCGAUGAGUCCUGUCGUGACGGCCGCUGAGAUUCGCGAAAUGAUUUUUCAAAUAGAUACGCACCGUGAUAUGGCCUCAUUUGUGUAUGUCUUUGCGGCAGUGACGCUUAACCUGACAUGCAGUGAGCCAGUGCAACGUGCUCCCGAGACAAGUGAACGGAUCGCAACGCUACUGACUCGCUCGUUGGAGCUACGGAGUCCUUUUGAAUUCAACUCUAAGCCCUCAAUCGUGACUGUGAUGCGCUCGUUGUUUACGCAGAUGUGCUUCGUAGGAUUGCGCAAACUUGACCUCGGGUUUUUGUACCUCCGGGAAGCCAUUUCGUUGGUCUAUAUGCUACGCAUUCACGAAAAGGACGGGAUGCGAGAUUUGGAAGACAAAGAGAGAUGCCGUCGACAGCGUGCAUAUUGGGAAUGCUUCAUUCAUGAACGUUUUACGGCUCUGACCUAUUAUCGUCCCCCAUGUUUGCCACCUUUGUCAGCUCUCCCGGAUCAUGACCCAUCCAUCGACGCUGAGUUGGAAGAGGGUUUCAAUAAGACCAUCAAAAACUUCAGCAUUGUUGACCCACAAUUCCUUGAUUUCUGGCUCGGAGAUCGCUCGACUGUGACGCCCGACUGGGUUGCGAAUAAGCAGCAGCAAUUGGACAAUCCUGAGUGGAUCACGGAAGUGUCGCGAUUACCCAUGAUAUGGCAGGCUGAUCUGAUUAUCACGCGACAUUGGCUGCGUACCUUGACGUGGCAAAUUGCUCUCUCCAACAUUCUACUAUCAUCCUCAGCAACACCCUCGAUGUUGCUCUCGCUUUCCUUCCCCUUGCAGCUGUCGAACCAGCUCCGCCAAUUCCUGGUAACGAUUCCCAGAGAAUCGGUAGGCAUUCACGGCUCUGGUUUAUUGGAAAAGCUUUUUGAGAUUGCAAAUACAAUCACCGAUGUUGUCCUGCAUCUCUGUCAUGCACUGGGAGAUGACACGGUGCAAUACAUCCAUGAUAUCCUCUUCCUCAAGCACUUCGUCUUCUCGUUCCCAGGGUUUGCGAAUCUAGGACCCAUUAGCCUCACGCAAAAGUUUGAGAUGAUACGUGACAAAUACCCGGAAAUCAAAGAUAUUGAGUUAUUAGUUUAG